CUUGUGAACCCAUGCUGCAGUCUAGGUCAAUGUGGUCUGACAGAGGGUUGCUGUUCAUAUCUGGCCUCAGUCCUGAGGGCAUCCAACUCACAACUGAAACAACUGGAGCUGAGAGACAACAAUCUGCAGGACUCCGGUGUUACACUGCUGUGUGCUGGACUGAAGGAUCCAAACUGUGAAUUACAGACGCUGGGACUGUCUGGCUGUGAAGUCACAGAGGAGGGCUGUGCUGCUCUGGCUUCAGCUCUGAGGUCAAACCCCUCCCACCUGAGAGAGCUGGACCUGAGCUAUAAUCACCCAGGAGACUCUGCAGGGCGACUGCUUUCAGCUGGUCAAGGGGAUCCCACAUGCAAACCGAUGAAGCUGAAUGUGGAUCACGGUGCAGAGUGCAGGCUGGUAUCCGGGCUGAGAAAAUAUGCCUGUCAGCUCACCAUGGACCCAAAUACAGCAAACACACACCUGUUACUCUCUGAGGAGAACAGGAAGGUGACACGGGUGGACAAAGAGCAGCAUUAUGAAGACCAUCGAGACAGAUUUCAAUGGCAUCCCCAAGUUCUCUGUAGAGAAGGCUUAUCUGGAUCUCGAUAUUACUGGGAGGUGGUGUGGGAUGGUGGAGAGCCUGACAUUGGAGUGACUUACAAAGGAAUGACUCGGAUGGGAUGGGGGUCUGACAGUUGGAUUGGACAAAAUACCAAGUCCUGGAGUUUGAACUGCGCUGGUGAAGGUUACUAUUACUUUAACAAUGCGGGACCCAAUAUCACAUUCUUCCGUGGCCCUGUUACGCACAGAAUUGGUGUGUAUCUUGACUGGCCAGCUGGUACUUUGUCCUUCUAUAGUGUGUCUUUUGGUAAACAGAAACACCUUCACACAUUCUACACCACAUUCACUGAGCCCCUCUAUCCUGGGUUUUGGAUUUACCCAGACUCUUCCUUGUCUACAUAAGUAGGGGUGCUGGAGGUGCUGCAGCACUCCCUGAUAAAUUAAAUCAAUUAUAAAAAAUUUUAAAUAAAAAGAAAUCCCAAAAUUAUAUUACUCCUGUCUGAACAGACAAAUACAAAUAAUUUGAAAUACUAAACCAGAGAGCAUAAUUUAGCCACAGAGGAUUAAUAGCUUCUAGAAAAUAGCUGUGGAUUUUAUCACAAGCACUUACAGGAAGUCUGCAAUUUGGGCAGCACACGCAGCAAAUAUGGAGCAGCUUGUUGCGUUGUGGUCAUGACUUCAAUGGGAACUGCCAUCUAUAAUUAUAUGGUUGGUUGCGGCUGUCAGUUUGUCUUUAACAAAUGUUUUAAAUACAAUCGCGACAUAAAACAUACAGUUUGGAAAGCAAAUGCCUAUUGCUGAAAAUAGAAGACUAAUCUGUCUGUAGAAGCUACAAAAAAAUAUCAAUGGCUUUUGAGCAAUUCUGAACUAACAGCACUGUUUUUCAAAGUAGCUUAUCUUGAAAUAGGCUAUUGCAGAGUUUCCCAAACUUGGGGUGGCCUAAUUUAUGAAAUGGGGUCACGAUAAAACAAUUUUUUGCGCUUGGUUCAUAAAACCGGGGUUACCAGAGUAACCUCCUGUAGCCACUAAAUGCGGUUGUAAUAAACAGAGCGGUUUAUUUUUUCUUCCUAGAAAUGUGGCUCUAACUUUUUAACGGUUUAAGUUACAAAAUAUUAUGACCCCAUCACUGAAAGAUCAUACUCUCAGGAACACAUACUCUAUAUAUACAAAAGUAUGUGGAAACCCCUUCAAAUUAGUGGAUUCGGCUGUUUCAUCCACACCCGUUGCUGACAGGUGUAUACAAUCAUGCACACAGCUCAGUGACUUUCAACGUGGCACCGUCAUAGGAUGCCGCCUUUCAAACAAGGCAGUUCGUCAAAUGUAAGUGCUGUUAUUGUGAAGUGGAAACGUCUAGGAGCAACAAUGGCUCAGCCGCGAACAGAAUGGGA